GAACCGUCAUCGUUGCCCACGGAAAAAGGAAAAAAAGGAGAACUUUUUACCAUUGCAGUGAAGUGAAGUGUUCUCAUCUCCGAAGAAAUCACCGAAGAAUCUGAAAGACUCUGCUGCAACUUCAAGUUUUGUGGUGCUCAUGGAUACAAGAAAGGUUCCGUUGCUCUGUUAUUGGAAUGGUUGUAUAAAAGAUGGUCCUGAUGGUCCAUUCUAUGAAGGGUCAAGUCCAAGAGGGAUCAGAGUUGACAGCAAGAUUGAACUAUCCCAGUUGCUGGAUGAUCUGCAUCGAGUUACUGGUUUUGAAAAGGAAAAGUUUCAGAUUGAUUUGAUUGGUAGGUACCCUUCCAUUGUUCAGCAACAGAUGGUCAAGUAUGUGCGCUUGCCCAUUGUGGAUGAUUGUAGUUUAGAGAUGAUGCUAGAGGUACCAAGUCACCAUCCUUCUAUCAACAAUCUGGAGUUGUAUUUAGAGAUCAAACCGUUGUCUGAUGAAGGAACUGUUCCUAUAUCUAAUGAUCAGUCGCCAUUGGAAAAUAAUGCGACCCGAAAGCGUUCUCGGCAAGAGGAGGAGGCUAGCGUCAAUGCAGAUGUAAAUGUGAGUGUGAGGAAUACUAAACUAAGAAGUCCGCCGGAGGAUAACCAUAAUGGGUGGAUUGAAGAUGAGGAGAGUACAGAUGUCGGUAACUGUGGUGAUAACGGGGUUGCACAGAAGGAUCCGAAAAUGAAAAAGCCAACUCUUACGAAAGGCGUCAGCGAUAGUGUCUCAAAGCAGUUGAUUUUCUCUAGUCCAUGGCUUGAUGAAAGUGAGUUGCAUGUUGGGAUGAUUUUUAAAGAUAAAGUUGAGCUGGAGAAUGCAGUGAAGUUGUACUCUAAUAGAAGGCAACGUGAGUACAGUAGAUACGACUUUUCCUAUGAGGGUACCUUAAUAUACCGGUGCAAGAAAGUAUGUGAAUGGUUUCUCAAGGCAGCUGAAACAAAUGGAAAUGUCGUCAAGAUAACAGAAUAUACAGAACCACAUACUUGUAAGCCAGCAGAUGUAAGCUCAGACUUUCUGGCAGGUGAGAUCGAAGGUCUAAUAAAGGCUCAGCCCUCGCUCUCAAUUGAAGAUUUGAACAAUUGGGUGAAAGAAGAAUUUGGCUACACAGUCUCGUAUGCUAAUAUGUGGAUUGCUAAAAAGAAAGCAAUCACUGCAAUCUUGGGAGAUUUGGAUAAGAGUUUUAGUGUAUUAUUGCCCAAGUUCAUGGCUGCCCUUAGCUCAUCUAACAAUAUGCUCUUGGAAUGGCAAUAUGAUCCUUUUCCUGAUCCCAAAAAUGCAUCCUUUCGUUCUGUGUUUUGGGCGUUUCAGCAGUCAAUUGCAGGAUUUUCUCACUGCAGACCUCUCAUUUUAGUGGAUACAGUAAACUUGAGCGGUAAAUACCCUGGGAAAUUGUUGGUUGCAGCGGGAUUUGAUGCAGAAAACAGGCUUUUCCCACUUGCGUUUGCAAUUAUUACCGAAGGAAGUUUGUCAGCUGAUACUUGGCGUUGGUUCUUUGCAUGCAUCAGAAAGAAAGUAACACAAAGGGAAGGCAUUUGUCUAAUAACGAGUCCGGAUCCUGACAUAGUUACAGUUGUUAAGGAGCGUGAGUGUCAGUGGGCACAACACCGGUUCUGUCUUAGGCAUAUGUGCUUAAAGUUUUAUGACGUCUUUCAUAACAAUCUCAUGACAGAGUUUGUUUACAAGGCGGGAUCUACGAAGUACGUAUCAAGUUUCGUGAAGUACUUGAAGAAAAUCGAAAAGAUGAACUUGGAGGCUCGAAAAUGGUUAGACAAAAUACCUCUACAUCAAUGGGCUCUGGCUUACGAUGAUGGUGGGCUGAGAUUUGGGAUCAUGACAACAAACACAAUAUCUGGGACAUAUGGAUUCAUAAACAAAGCUCUUGAUCUUCCAAUCACAACCUCCAUCUUGCUAAUUUUUGAUUACCGGGCAGAGCUUUUCAAAUAUCGACGUGGUCUUCUUGGGGAAUCAUUGAAUGGAAGAGACCUAUACUCUAAAUAUGUCAUGAAUUUUUUUGAAGAGUGUAAGGAAGCUUCUAGAACGCACGAUGUAUUGCCUCUAGACCGGACGGGGGAGAAGUUUCAGGUCACGGAAGUGAUGCAAGUUAGUCAAACGAGAUUUGUUGUUCAUAUGAGUGAUCGGGUAUGCAGUUGUGGGGUAUGGCAACUUUUCAAGUUUCCAUGUUCGCACGUGUUAGCGGUUUGCAGGAGGCUGAACAUUGAUCAUUUGCAGUACGUUGAUGACUGUUACAGUACCGAAAGUUCUCGUGCAGUUUUAGCUGUUGAUUUCAAGCCGCUUCCGGGUGUCUCUGAUUGGCCUGAAGCUUCCGAAGUUCCAAGAUUGUUUCCUCCCGGAAGUCGUCCGAUAUCAGCUGAGCCAAGAAAGGUUAUUGGAGGCCAAAAACGAUCCAACACUGGCGAAAACAAAGGUCUGAAACGUUGAACCAAACUGAACUAAAAUGGUUAGGUUUGUUACCGAUGUAGUUGGUUUGGUUCAGUUUGAGUUUAAGGAAACUUAAGUCAGUUUUUUCAAUAUGUACAAAGAAGCGGCUAAAGUAGUUUGGUGAAUGCUUAAAUCUAAAGUAGUGUAGUGAAGAGUUUUUGUUUGUAAGAUAUGCUAACCGGUUUAGUGUUGGUUUUUUGGGAGGUUGUAUGUAAACCGGUUUGGUUCCUGUAAUGUCUGGACAUACUAGGCUAACUUUUGUGAUGAUGAUGUAUUUGU